ACACGAACGUCUUCAACAAUGACUGGCGAACAUAGGACAUCGGCCAGUGUUCCUCACUGACGUCACCAACUUCACUAGGGAUGGCAAGGCGUGCGCUCCUCUGUCUCACGAUGUUCAGUAUCAAUUUCUGGGUAGUGCAGAGCAUCCCUCUUCGUUUGGAAAUCCAGAGUGGACUCAAGAAUCCGGGUAAAUCAUUUCAUUUCAAAAGGGAAGGCCGUGCGAUAAAUGAGAACGUCGGAAGUCAUCAUGUUCCGACUACUGGGUACGAGAUGAAUAACGCCACCAGCUACGUCCUUUGGGAAAGAAGCACUGACGAGAUGACUUCCCCGACAACUCCUCUGGCUGAGCAUCGUGAAACAAACUCGCUAGGUUCCUUUGGCCGGAAUAAACUAACACUAAUUGAUAAAAAUUCUGAAAGAAUCGUCGAUGCCAAACUCAGGUCCGGAUCUGAGAGUCAGAUAGACCACAGCGGCAAUCUCGAAGAACCUAAGCAAGACUUCACCAAGGGUUCGUCACGAAUGAACAAACCCAAAGCCUUCGAAAACAACGACGAUGACGGAGAAACGCGGAGGAAUAAACAAGAGGACAUAGAAUCGACAGAAUCGCUGGACAAAAACUCCUCCAACGAGGUCCAAGGGCUUUCAGUCACCAGUGAGACAGAGGAAGGAGGUGCACCUUGCCCCACUGUCCCUGCAACCUGGACCCCGUACAUCACUGACAGGGAAAUCCAGUGUGUUGUUAAUCCUCAUUGGCUGGAGUUCGACCCCCCUUCCCACCUGAGCCACCUGGUCCUGGCCGCCAUCUACAUUAUCAUCUUGAUAGUCGGCUGUUUUGGCAACGGUCUUGUUAUUUACUUAUUUGCGAGCUCCCGCUCCCUGAGGACACCGUCAAACCUCUUCAUCCUGAACCUAGCCCUCAGCGACUUCUGCAUGGUGGGCAUCCUCGUCGUGUACGUCCACAACGCCUUUCACGACGGGCCUGCAGCUGGAAAGUUCGGCAAUGUGAUACGCAAGGUUAAGAAUCAACUGGACCAGAGUAAAACUAUAAGGAACAGAGAAAUAAAAGGGCAGAAGCUGGGUACGCUCUUGGCAAACACAGGAGCUAACGACGAGGAAGGAGCUUCAAAGGCAUCUGAGAAUGUUAUAGGAAUUGUUCAGGGAUAG